GCUGGGGGGGCGGGGCCCGGUCUGCUGCCCCUUUGCCCGGCCGGGAGGGGCGAUGGUCUGAGCGCAUGCGGGGCUCUGUGCUCUCCUGCUGCAGCCGCCUGCUCGCCGCCCUUCGUCCGUGAUGGCUGAGCGGCAGCCGCUGCGCUGGGCAAUGCGGCUCCUUCCAGCUGUCGUUGUGGGGCUGCUGCUGGCAGGUCCCUCCUCAGCUGCAACAGGGGAUGCCCCGCCUGGCAAAAUAGCCAUAGUGGGUGCUGGGAUAGGUGGUUCGGCAGUGGCCUACUUCCUGCAGCAGCACUUUGGGCCACAGGUGCAGCUGGAUGUGUAUGAGAAGGGAAGCGAGGGGGGCCGGCUGGCCACCAUCACCGUCAACAAGCAGCAGUAUGAGUGUGGCGGCGCGUCUAUCCACUCGCUCAGCCUGCACAUGCAGGACUUCGUCAAACUGCUGGGCCUGAAGCCCCGAAGAGAGGUAGCAGGGAAGAGUGCCAUCUUCAGUGGGGAGGAGCUAGUUCAGGAAGAGUGCCAUCUUCAGUGGGGAGGAGCUAGCCUCUUCCGGCUCUGGUGGCACUACGGCAUCAGCUUCCUGCGCCUGCAGAUGUGGGUGGAGGAGGUGAUGGAGAAAUUCAUGAGGAUCUACAAGUACCAGGCACACGGCUAUGCCUUCUCCAGCCUGGAGGAGCUCCUGCGCUCGCUGGGCAGUGAGACCUUCGUCAACAUGACGCAGCGCUCUGUGGCCGAGUCCCUGCUGGAGGUGGGCGUCACACAGCGCUUCAUCGAUGACGUCAUUGCAGCCGUCCUGCGCUCCAGCUAUGGCCAGUCAGUGCUCAUGCCUGCCUUCGCAGGGGCCAUGUCACUGGCAGGGGCUCAGGGCAACACGUGGGCUGUGGAAGGCGGCAACAAGCUGGUGUGUUCGGGUUUGCUAAAGCUGACAAAAGCCAACGUUGUCCAGGCCAGGGUGACAGGCGUCUCUCUGCAGAGCUCAAACGGCAAAGCCCUGUACCAGGUGCGCUAUGAGGAUGACGAGGACCAAGGCUCAGCCUUCUACGACAUGGUGGUCAUUGCUACGCCGCUGCAUUUCGACAGGAGCAACAUCACCUUUGAGAACUUUGACCCGCCCAUCACUGACUUCCCAGGCUCCUUCCACCCCACCAUCAGCUCUGUUGUCCAUGGCUACCUCAACUCCUCUUACUUUGGCUUCCCUGACCCCAAACUCUUCCCCUUUGCCAGCAUCCUCACCACUGAUUCCCCUGACCUCUUCUUCAACGCCCUGGACAACAUUUGCCCCGUCAACAUCUCAGGCACCUUCCGGCGCAAGCAACCCCAGGAGGCUGCUGUCUGGCGCGUCCUUUCCCAGCAGCCCCUGGACAAGCAACAGCUGAAGACCCUCUUCCGCUCCUACUAUUCAGUCCAGGUGAUGGAGUGGGAGGCUUACCCCCACUACGACUCCUCCAAGAGCCUCCCACCCAUCAUCCUCCAUGACAACCUCUUCUACCUCAAUGGUGUGGAAUGGGUGGCCAGUUCCAUGGAAAUGGUUGCCAUGGCAGCCAAGAAUGUGGCACUCUUGGCAUACAACCGGUGGUACCAGGACUUGGAGAAGAUUGACCAGAAGGACUUGAUGCACAAAGUGAAGACUGAAUUGUGACACCGGGGGAUUGUGGGGGUUUUGGCCAGGAGCUGCUUCAUUUACUAGCCUGCUGAGGGUUUAUUGUUGGGGGAGAGAGGACUUCAUUUCUGGCUGAGAGGAGGGCAGGGUCUGUCCAAUGAGCUCCUUCUGUGUUGCCCUCAGUAAUGCCAUCCCUGCACCGCACUGCGGAAUGUCUGGGAGCUAAUGCCAGGUACCUGCUACAGACACCACUACCCAGGCUUCUUCCCUACCCAGGGGAAGGAGAAGAGGAGGGAACCUAAGCUCAUUCCUAGAGAACUACUAGCCAGGAUCCAUUUCAAAUCUUAGGGUGGGGCUGUGCAUCAUUAUGGUCAGCGCAAAGGGUGGGAGUGUAAAUCUAUUCUCUGAUCACUUGCCUACUGGGCCUGAGCAUGAGACUUUCAAAGGGUAAGAUCUGGUGAUGUCAAGAGCAGAUAUGGGGCCAAAAAAUGUGGCCACAUCCCCUGGGCACAGAUCCAUAGGUGGAUAUGGACUUUUUAGUGUGACCCACCUGGAAAGACCCAGCCUUCCCUAUGCAGGACUCCCCUUGCUGGCAGUGUGGUCAGAUUCCCUACUCUAGCUGCUGGGGUUGUCAUCAGUCCUUGUGAGGCCAGUGCUGGAGCCAGCAUUCGGGUCUCAGCAUGCAUGUGGUUCUCCAACUGUGCCCAUGUUGGUGCUGUGAAUCCAUAUGACUAAUGGGACCCUCUGUGCUUCUCACCCUGAGCUGCUCUCUUGCUUUAAGUUCCCAUCUAAAUACUGUCAGGCACGGGAGGGGCCAAGCAGGGAAGCUGCCAUGUAGAAGGACUGAGGCUGUAGCAGCAAGACCUGUUCAUCUCCCUCUCUACAUACAUAACAUAGAACCCUUUCCCAGCACUAACCCUGACUCCUUGGGGUCCUGUGCAUGGCCUCUCCAAGCCCCUGCCUUGCAGACAGAUCCAAUGCACAGUUGGGAGGAGCUGGCAGCUCAGGUUCCCUGGGUAGAGGGAGGGAUACUCAGUCUGAGAUGGGUUUUCAGUCUUUCUUGAACCAUGCUGCAUGAAUCAUGCUCUGUGAACCAUAAAGAACUAACACCAUGGAGCCAGCCCUUUCCCAUAUGGGACUGUCCAAUGUAAUCUAGAGACAGCUGGGGUCAUUAAUACAUUGAUGCCAAUAAAGGGGAUUCUACUUGAAAUAAA